CCCAAUAGCAUGCGCACGGGACAGUCGUUCGCUCCCCGCUCGUCACACUACUCACGCGGACAACUGGGUCACAAACUUCGUAAACACUUCAUUCGGGUCGAAAUAGUGUUCUGUGUUGGUGCAAUCAUAUAGUGCAGUGUCAGUGGCAACGGAUUUCUCUCUUUACCCUUGGAUUAACGCUUCGUGCGGUGCCUUUGAAGUACGGGAUGCGUGCGUGAGCGCAGCGCAUGACGUGCUACGAAACGUUGAGAGUGCCGGCACCCGCCGCGGACGCCCCCAUGGCACACCAUUUCGUCAAGUGGUGGCGCAACAAGUUCAGAAAUGGAUACAAGAAGUUCAGCAUUGGCAUGGAGGGCGAGCGGACAGACACGGAGGAGCUUAUGGGGCGCGCCGCGUCGCAGUGCUCAGCGCCGCCCGACCUGCUGCCGUCGGAGGCGCGCGCGCUGCUGCAGCCCGCCACCCCGCCCCCGCGCCGCGCACACCCGCAGACCCCCUCGCCGACGCAGGAAGAGAAACCCCGCCUCAGAUUCGAGGAGCUGACAUGCGACGUAGAACUGCAACACCCGCAGCCAUCCAAGCAGCAGCCGCUGCAGUUCUCCUUCACCCUUUACGACCUCGACGGCCACGGCCGAAUGACAAAGGAUGACAUAGCCGGCAUCGUGUCCACGAUAUACGAGUCGAUCGGCAAGUCGGUGACGGUCCCGCACUACGGGUCCAAGACUAUCCAAGUGAGGCUGACGGUGGUGCCGGAGGACGGCAGCUCGCGGGCGCGGCGCGCGCGGGGCGAGGCGCGGCGGCGGCGACAGCGCGCGCCGGCGGAACCCAGCGACGACGAGCAGCGCGAGGAGCAGCGCGACCGGUUCUCGCCCGACGACGACGCCUCCUCCAAGUCCUCCUCCUCCGACCGCCCGCCGCCCCCGCGCGCGCAGGACCGCCACCAGCGGCACCACCGACACUCCCGCAAGGAACACCGGGAACGCAAACACACCAAGAAACGAUCGGGAAGCCUCCAGCGGAGGGAACUACUAGAGAUCAUCCAGGCCAACAUGGAAAAGAACCAUAUGAACUUUCAAACUUCAAGAAAGCCCAGAGAACCAACGGUCGAGGAGGAAAUCACGAGUAAAUACCAGAAGAUGCGAAACAGAUCGUACACGGUGAGCGGGAAGCCGCUGCCGCACACAUUCCAGAAGAAGGCGGAGAGCACAGGCAACGGGUACCUGGACUUGGCAGGGGCGGGGGGCGGCGGCGCGGGGGUCGCGGGGGGCGAGGGGCACCUGUGUCGCUACGACCGCUACCUGCACGCCGUCAUCUGUUCCUCAGCCAAGCACGCCAACUCCGGCUACCAUCAGAAGCAGCAAGCGCCCCGCCCCCGCGCACCCCCCGCGCGCCCCCGACACGACCCUCCACACAACAACUCCGCCGCUCAUCCCAAGAUCCUCCAAAUCAUAUUCUUAUAGAACACAAGAAAGGGCAUCGCCGACAACGGCUUUGCUCUUUCAGCUACAGAGUGGACGAAUGUUAGUUACCAAGUGUUGUGUUGAAUCUGUGCGAUAUAUCCUGAUUGAUGGUUGACAUUAAUCAGUAUUGAAUACUCAUUUUUUUGUAUUGAAUCAAUUUUGAGUGGUGUGAAAUCAUGAUAGGGAAAUAGGUAUCUUUCCAUAAUUGAUAAGUCAAGAAAUGCAUAUUAAUGAAAAUCUUUUCAAGAAUUUCAAAUUAUUGCGUUGUGCCUUACAUUGACAAAUUAAUGGUAAAAGUUGUAUAUUUCUUAACAGUUGAAUACAUUUGGAAUGUUGAGAGCGAUUUCACGAAUUUAUGUAUGUAUUCAGUAAGUACUAUGUAUUAGUUAAUCAAUGCUCAGUAGGUAUUAUUAAUUAGGUGUUAAACUCGUUAUUGGAGUUUAUAUAGACUGAAAUAGUUAUAAGCGUUAGGUAUUGACGAGACUAAAAUGUUGUUACAUUGUUGAUUUACGCAUUAUUUCAAUGAAUUUAAAUCUUGGCAGUACUUACUUAUGAUAUUUAUGUACGGGAUGAUUAU